GGUGUGAAAUCUAAAUGCGCAUAGUUGUUACUGGUUUCGGUCUUUUCGGUAGUCAUGAAGAGAACUCCAGUUCUUUGGCUGUUCAUCAACUGAAGAAAAUUUGGGAUGCUAAGUACUCUGAUGCUUGUAUUCCUGUAGAACUUCACACAAUAGAAAAUGUCCCUGUUGCAUAUGGUGCAGUCGAUGAAUAUAUUACUUCUAUUUGGAAGAAAAAUCCAGAUUUGGUGAUUCAUGUUGGCAUGCAUACUAAUGUGACAGUACCUACUUUGGAAACUCAGUCUUAUAAUCAUGGCUACAAUAAACCAGAUAUUGAUGGCACUUAUUGUGCUAAUGACGGUUGCGUUUCCACUCAUGGCAAACCAGUUCUUCAGUGCGAAAUGGAUCUCAAUAAACUAUGUGAAAAGUUGAUAGAGAAUCAUAUAUCCUGUUCAACUUCAAAUAAUCCAGGAAAUUUCUUAUGUGGUUACAUAUAUUACAAGUCUUUACAACUUUCAGCUGAUCGUGUUGUUUUUGUGCAUGUUCCGAGUCUAGACAAGAUGUCUGCUGAAGAUAUAGCUCGAUCACUUCUAGAGAUAAUUCGGGGACUAGCUGCACUGAAAGGAAUAGUUAUCCCUCAGAAAUGAAAAUAUUUGAAGGUUUUUUUUAACUUAUAGUAAAUUUUUUUCAACGGACUGGUGGUAUUAAAAUAAUCCAGUAUGUUUCAGAGAAAGAUAUAUUUCAGUAGUUAGUUAAAAGUGGAGAAAAUCUGAAAAACUUUGGUAAAUUGUACAUAUUUUUUUGGAUUUCUUUUAAAUUACGCUAUAGAGUGAUAACAAAUGAUCGCAUCACUAAAUAAUUUUAUCAGCUACAAUUUUAUCUGAAAUUGCAAAUAAAAAUGAAUUCUCAUUCUUGUUGACUGUGAUUAUUCGCUUUCAAAUACAAAUUGGUUGAGCGUCUUAAUUACUUAUAUUUAGACAAAAUAUUCGUCUCUUAUGUUUUAAAUGAUACAAAAAUCAUAUCUGAAUAAGACGGUGGUCAUUUUUCGUAUAGAAUAAGAAAAAAGACUGUUAAUUAUGCAGUAACUACGAUGGCAAAUAUAAAACUUUGAAAAUCAAUGUUUUGUUUUAAUAACUUAAACAUUUUUGGCAUAAUAUCGUUUUGUAUUUACUGCUUGCAAGAAUAAUGCGUAUAUGCAAAUCAAACCGUUACAUUUACGAUUUAAAUUUUCGUAAUAACGAAUAAUGUUGUUGUUUUUUUUGUAUUGAGAA